CGCGGGAGGGCGUGGUGGUUGCUCGCAGCUCUGUGCCGUUGCCGUUGCUCUUCUUGGAACUGCUGUCAUCUGCCUGUCGCUGCUGCUUCUUCGAAUUAUUAAGUGAAAGGCGAAGUGAGGCGUGUGCUUUGACUUGGUAGCGAAAGGGAGGUAGAAGAAGAGAAGCCGCGGGUGCUGCUGUUCUCGCCGCCGUCUUCUCGGACUUUAGCUAUGAGUUCAGACAAAAAGAGGCCGCCGCCGCGGUUUUCUUCACGCAAUAGCCGAACGCCUCGUCCACAGCCGCGGAGGGGACUCCUGACUGAGAUUCAGACUUCCCUUCUCACCGAGUCCUUUGAGGCCCGCUAUACCAUCAGCCCCGGCCGUGAACUCGGCAGGGGGAAAUUUGCAGUAGUAAAGAAAUGUAUAAACAAACAGACUGAAAAAGAGUUUGCAGCAAAAUUCAUGAGGAAAAGAAGAAAAGGCCAAGACUGUCGAAUGGAAAUAAUUCAUGAGAUUGCAGUCCUGGAACUGGCACAAUCUAAUCAAUGGGUUAUUAACUUGCAUGAAGUAUUUGAGACACCAACAGAAAUUAUUUUGGUUUUGGAAUAUGCUGCUGGUGGAGAAAUCUUUGACCAGUGUAUAGCUGAAAGAGAAGAUGCCUUCAAAGAAAAAGAUGUUAAGCAUCUCAUGAGGCAGAUUUUACAAGGAGUUUCCUUUUUACAUCAAAACAAUGUAGUUCAUCUUGACUUGAAGCCGCAAAACAUUUUGCUAUCUUGUGAAUCACCAUUGGGAGAAAUUCGGAUAGUUGAUUUUGGACUUUCCAGAGUACUGAAAACUAAUGAAGAACUAAGAGAAAUUAUGGGAACACCUGAAUAUGUUGCUCCAGAAAUUCUAAGCUAUGAUCCAAUCAGUACUGCAACAGAUAUGUGGAGCAUUGGAGUAUUAACAUAUGUCAUGCUAACAGGAGUAUCACCUUUUUUGGGGAAUGAUAAACAAGAAACAUUCUUAAAUAUAUCUCAGAUACAUGUAAAUUACUCUGAAGAUUUUGAUUUUGUAUCUGAAUCUGCAGUGGAUUUCAUCAAAUCUCUUUUGAUUAAAAAACCUGAGAAACGGGCAACUGCAGAAGAAUGUUUGCUGCAUUCUUGGCUGGCUCAAACUGAUAUUCCUGAUAUAAACUGUAUUAAAAACACAGAAGAUGAAUCAAAUGUUGUUACUGUAAAUGAAGUCUAUACAUCUGAAAAUUCUACAAUUGGAGAAAAAACAGAAGAACCAGUAGUAAAGAGAGUUAUUUUAAUGGCGUCCUAUACACUGGGUCAAUGCAGGCAAUCAAAAAAAAGAUAAAAUGUUACACACAAAACUAUUUCAAAACUAUUUAAAUUUAAGGAACCAUUUCUCCAUGAAAUACCUGGAGUUUACUGAAAAUACUGAAUACCUGCAAUUGCCUGAAUUAUAGCUUGUUUUUGCUUUGAGCCUUAACUUGUAAGAUUGUCUCUUUUUCUUAGAUCAGUUAUGUACAGCAAAUAAAAUUCAUAUAAAAAUAUUCUUGUAGAGGAAAAUGUUAAAAAUCAUCUGCCAAAUACCUUAAUUUCUAUGGAAUUGAUAUUAUUGGA